AUGUUCUCGUCAUUUUCCACGGCGAUUGUCGCUGCCAGCCUUCUGGCGCAGCUCGUAGGAGCGCAUGGAGGACUUGCAAACUACACCGUUGGUGAUACGUGGUACCGAGGCUAUGACCCCAACGAGCUGGCCUCUGAGCAGCUCGGCCAGCCAUGGAUGGUGCAACGAGUUUGGGACAGCAUCAACCCUAUCUUCCACGUCAACGACACUGGCCUCGCCUGCAACACUCCAGGUACCACGUCGCCGGGGGGUGGGUCCUACAUUCCCAUCACAGCCGGUGACGCCUUGACCGCCGUCUACUGGUACUGGUUGCACCCGGUUGGACCGAUGAGCGUGUGGCUGGCGUCAUGCGCGCCGUUUGGUUCGUGCGAGGCGGCUGACCCGGCGCGGCUCGAGUUUUUCAAGAUCGGCCACUGGGGCCUGCUUAGCGGCUCCGUCCCCGAGGGCGUCUGGUACCAGCGCGCCUUUCAGAACUGGGACGGCAGCCCAGACCUCUGGAAUGUCACCGUACCUGAAACGCUGAGGGCCGGCCUGUAUGUCGUCAGGCAUGAGAUCCUUAGUCUGCAUGUCGAGAAUAAACCACAGUUUUAUCCCGAGUGCGCCCACCUGAAUAUCACCGGGCCGGGAGAGGCAAUGCCGCCGAAGGAGUUGUUAGUCAGGUUUCCGGGGGCAUAUCGGGAGGAUGUAGAUCCGAGCAUCAACAUCGACAUCUACACAGAUGAUAUGAAGAAGACGACGAACUACACGAUACCCGGUCCGCCGGUGUGGGAUGGGUGA